AUGCAGGAGCAGUCGCGAUGCAGUCGCGCACGCUUCGUGCCGCACAUCUGCGUCGGCGGCGAGCUGUGCCCCACCCACGCCUCGGAGGCCGACCUGGCGCUGCUUCGGUCCUUGUCCGAUGUGCAGGACGACUUCCUCGACGGCUUUGACUGGGCCGCGCUGGCGGCCGGCGGAGGGAAAGGAGGCACGUUGCUCGCCUUUCACAAGUGCCGCGGCAAAGCCUUCGUGGUGAAGGAGCUGUCGCCGUCGGACCACGAGGCGCUGCUCCGGCUCGCGCCCGCGUACGUGGUGCACGCCACUCGCCACAGGGACACGCUGCUCGCGCCCUUUUUCGCUCACUUUCACCGGCCGUCCACCGGAGUGCACUACGUGGCCAUGGGCUCGGUGCUGCCGGCGCCCGUGGCGGCGGUGGCCGCCGCGAGUGCGCCGAGCGUCUACGACCUCAAGGGCACCGCCGACGACAAGACGCUGCUGUACGAGGGCGAGAAGCGGCGCGACGUGCACAAGCGAUUUUUUAAUGUGGGCAUGCGGGUGUGCGACCUGGCGUCGCGGAAGCUCGAGUCGGACGCCGCCUUCCUCCGGAGGCACAAUUUGAUGGACUACUCGCUGCUGCUGGCCGACGGGACGGUGUGGCUGGUCGAGGCGGGGAUCAUCGACUACCUGCAGGAGUGGACGCUCUCCAAGCGCGCCGCCCGCUGCCUCAAGUGCAUGGAGCGGCCGCCCUACAAGCACAAGUCGACCGAGCCGCCCCCCUACUACGGCGACCGCUUCGUGCGCACCCUCGGCAAGAAGUUCACGCCGGCCGGCCGCAGGCCGGGCGAGUGGCGCGGCCGCUUCCCGCUCGACGCGGCGCUGCCGCCGACGGGCGUCGCGCGGCGCCGCGCGAGCAGCAGCUGGGACGGCGAGCAGAGCUCGCCCUUCUCGCUGCUCCGCGCGGCGAUUGCGGGGCUGCUCGGCUGGAUCGCGCGGUGCAGGAGAACGCCAAAGGCGGAGGCGCGGAGGGCGGCGGCGCGGUUGCUGAACUGA